CAGGCUGCCCAGCCAGCCCGAAGGCUGUAGGAGACUCCUCGACAGGCAACCCCAGGCAGCAGGAGCAGGACUUUGCUGGAGGAUUAAGGCUGAGCUGCGCCCGCGGGGAGGCUGAGUCAUGGCUUCCAAGUGCCCUGCAUCCUCCUCCACACAGCCAGAUGGCAGGGAAAAGGAAGUGAAAGAAGAAGAGGGGGAUGACACCCGGAGCUCCACCUUGGCAGCCCUCAAAACUGCCUCCAGGGAGAAGCCCCCUGCCACCAUCGAUGGGCUGUGCCCCCUGAGCACGACACCAGGUGCCCAGGUCUACGAGGACUACGACUGCACCCUGAACCAGACCAACAUCAGUGCCAACAACAACAAGUUCUACAUCAUCCAGCUCCUUGAGCACAAUGGUGCUCACAGUGUCUGGACCCGCUGGGGCCGUGUGGGGGAGGUGGGCCAGUCCAAGCUCAUGUCCUGCGCCUCCCUGGAGGCUGCCAAGAAGGUCUUUGAGAAGAAGUUUCGGGAGAAGACCAAGAACAGCUGGGCCUCAAAGGAAAACUUCGUUGCCAAGGAAGGGAAGUACACACUCAUCGAGGUGCAGCCAAGGGUUGGGCAGAAGGUGGAGGUUGCCCUCAGGGACAUUAAAGGGGGUCACCAGGUCCCUGACAGGUCCCGGGAUGCCACGCAGACCUCGAAUAUUGACGUGAAGAAGAUGCCGCUGGGGAAGCUGAGCAAGCAGCAGAUCGCGAGGGGCUUUGAGGCACUGGAGGAGCUGGAGGCAGCGCUGAAGAAGCAGCCCCCCGAUGCCUCUUGCCUGGAGGAGCUCUCCUCCUGCUUCUACACCAUCGUCCCCCACAACUUUGGGCGGGCACGGCCACCCCCCAUCAACUCCCUUGAUCUGCUCCGUGCCAAGAAGGACAUGCUGUUGGUGCUGGCCGACAUUGAGUUGGCACAGAGCCUGCAGGCACAGAAAGUGAAGGAGGAGGAGAAAGAAGUCCCGCAUCCGCUGGAUCAGGAUUAUGCCCUGCUCUGCUGCCAGCUUUCCCUGCUGGACUCAGCUUCCCGGGAAUAUCAGCUGAUCCAAAACUACGUGACACAGACUGGGCACAACCUCCACAUCCUCAACAUCUGGCAGGUGGCCCGAGCUGGUGAGGAUGAGCGCUUCAAAGCCCACGACCUCCUGGAGCACCGGCGCCUGCUUUGGCACGGCACCAACGUGGCGGUGGUGGCGGCCAUCCUGAAGAGCGGGCUGCGCAUCAUGCCACACUCAGGAGGGCGUGUGGGCAAGGGCAUCUACUUUGCCUCUGAGAACAGCAAAUCAGCCUGCUAUGGUGAGGGUCCUGGGAUGAGCAAGGCUGCUUGGGAUGCCCGCAGGGUCAAUGUGAGCCCGGCUGCCUUCGCAUGACCCCUGCCAGGCAGCUGUGGGCUGGCAGGCAUGUGGACAUGCCAAGCCCCUUCC